AUGUCCUCCCCAAAGCUCCAGGUCGCCGUUGCUGGCCUCGGUCGCAUGGGCGCUCGUCAUGCUCUCAACUUCCACAACCGAACUCCCCGCGCUGAACUCGUAGCAGCCUUCACUCCCAUUCCCAAAGAAGCUGAAUGGGCCAAGACUCACCUCGAGGGCGUUGUCAUUUAUGAUGACUACCAAGAUAUGCUCAAACAUCCAGGUCUUCAGGCCGUUGUAGUCGCUACUAUUACUACGGCCCAUGCAGAGGAAGCUAUCCAGGCUAUUGAAGCUGACAAGCAUGUUCUUUGUGAGAAGCCUCUAAGUACAAGCGUUGAGAUUUCCCAAUCCGUCGUCGAUGCCGCAACAAAGAAACCUCACCUUAAAGUCAUGUGCGGUUUCUCUCGCCGUUUCGAUGCUUCCUACCGCGACGCCUUCGAACGAAUGGACAGCGGCGCCAUUGGCCGUCCCUCCAUAUUCCGAUCCCAAACCUGCGACAAGCUAGACCCUUCUGGCUUCUUCGUAGCGUAUGCCGAGUUUAGCGGCGGUAUCUUUGUCGACUGCAACAUCCACGACAUUGACCUGGCCCUUUGGUACUUUGGACAAGACUCUGUCGUCAAAUCCGUUGUCGCUACUGGCAUCACAGCAGUGCAGCCAGACCUUCGCAAGCACAACGAUGUCGACAACGCCGUCGGUCUUGUAGAGUUCCAUGGUGGAAAAGUCGCUUACUUUUACUCCUCACGUAUGAUGGCGGCUGGCCAGCAUGACAUGUCUGAGAUAAUCGGCACCGAGGGUAAAAUCGCUAUCAACGCGAACCCUGUCGGAACAUUGGUUGAGAUGCACGAGGCCGCUGGUGUUCGACGACAGAUCCCUGGCGAUUACUAUGGCAGGUUUGAGCAUGCUUUUGUCACAGAGUCCAACGAGUUCACUGCUGCUGUCCUCGAUAACAAGAGACUCCCAUUUAAGCUCUCUGGAGCUGUCCAGGCUGUCAAGAUCGGUUGUGCUCUUCAGGAGUCGCUCAACUCGGGCAAGAAGAUCAGCUUUGAUGAGACGGGCCGCCGUCUGGAGGAGGCCAAGUUGUAA